UCUGCGGGGCGCGAAGCCAGCGCCCGGCGCUUUUAAAGCCCGGAUCGCGGCGCGCUCGAGGCGCGGGCGGCGGCCGGAUGGAGAGGAAGGGCUUGGCAGCCCGAGCCUCAGGGAACCCUAGCCCGCCCGCGCUCGGUGAGGGACCGCGGCCCGGGCCGCCACCGUGCGUCCCGAGCGGCGGAGGGGCCCCGGAGCGGGGCCAGGCUGGAGCGGCGGCCGAGCCCGCGGAGCUUAUCCGGCGCGCGCACGAGUUUAAGAGCCAAGGGGCGCAGUGCUACAAGGACAAGAAAUUCCGCGAAGCCAUCGGCAAAUAUCACCGGGCGUUGCUGGAGCUGAAGGGGUUGCUGCCGCCCCCGGGGGAGCGGGAGCGGGACGCACGGCCAGCCUCCCCGGCAGGGAUUCCCAAAGCCAGCCGCCUCUCGGAGGAACAGAGCAAGACGGUUGAAGCCAUUGAGAUCGACUGUUACAACAGCCUGGCAGCCUGCCUGCUCCAGGCUGAGCUGGUAAAUUAUGAGCGAGUCAAGGAGUACUGCCUCAAGGUCCUGAAGAAGGAAGGAGAGAACUUCAAGGCUCUUUACAGGGCUGGUGUGGCCUUCUAUCAUCUUGGGGACUAUGACAAAGCUCUCUACUACCUAAAGGAAGCAAGGACCCGACAACCCUCAGACACCAAUGUGAUUCGGUACAUCCAGCUGACGGAGAUGAAACUCAGCAGAUGUUCUCAAAGGGAGAAAGAAGCCAUGUAACAAAGCAGCCUCUCUCGAGCCACACUCACACCUGACCAGGGACUUCCAGGCACCCGGUGGUGGAGAGUCCCGACGUGGGUUCUCUCCUCUUCCCAGCUCUUCCUGUACUUCUGUUGCUCAUCCUGUUGCUGCCCCAACUCUUGUCUGUCAGAAGGUGAGAGGCGUUCUUGGACCUUGGUGAGCAGCCCAAACAUGGACUUAUCCUCUUCUCUACUACGCCAGCAAAUGGGACAGAUGGGCAAGAGUCUCGUGGACUGGGGGUGGUCCUAUGUCUUUGACUGGCUCUGAGCGUGGCGCCUGUGGAGCACAGUCUGGAUCCUUCUGCAGCUUCCCAGUGGAUCAGAGAAGCAUCUGAAGGGAAUCGGGGCUGAUGAACGCAAUAACCAUUGGUCAGACCAAUGCUGAGAUUGUAGAUUUCCUUCCGCCCCCUCAGUCACCUGAGCGCCUGCCACAUCCCCGGACUUGUCUAGGCUUGUAGUUUCUUUUCUCCCACUGCGAGGUCCGGUCUUUGCCAGGAUUCACAUGCCAUUAAGGCCCACUCUCAGUGGCCUCUGGUGACCACACAUACCAUUCCCCCACCCCCAGCUAGCCGGCAGCUGUAAUAGCAGAAGGGCGGGGUGAAAAGGUUGGGGGCAGAGCACACUGGGUAGGUGACAGAGGAGGGAAAGAGCCUUGGGUGGACUGAGGGAUUAGACUAAUCAAUAUAAAUAAAAACUAACUCACAGGCAUCCGUUCAGGUCAUUUCUGUUGGAAGCAGUCUGCUCCCUUCUCUUCCCUCACUGUCCCUCAGGCAGAGUGGCCUACAGCUUCCGGUAAAGCCGGUGGCCCUUAGACCAAGACUAUUUGCAUCAUGUUGGCCACAGCCUUUGUGCUUUUGGGAGUGGGCCAGGAUUACGGAAACCCCUUCAGGAAUAGGUUUUGUGGGAAUUUGUACACCUCACCCCCGUUUUUGACAAAAAAUUCAGUAUCUAGCACAUAACAACUUUUUGUUGAAUGGAUAAAUUUGGACUGCAGACUGACUCCCCUGCCUUAAACUAAUUGGGUCCCAGCCUGGCCUCCUGACACACAUGCUCUUUAUGCUGUGCUGUGUUGAAACAUUUCCCGAGGGCUUACUGGUCGCCCACCAUAGUGCAAUACAGGACAGAGUCCCAGCCUUCACGAAGACAGGAAAGCUGAGAAACCUAUGAGAUUAUCACCAAUGACACCAUUAACGUAUAUGACGCUUAAACGUUUUCAAGGCACUUUCAUGUAUUUUUCGUGUGACUUAGCGAGACACUAUUGUAUAAAAUUAAAAUAUAUACAGAUGCAAUAAUGUUAAUAGUUAGGAUUUAUUAAAUGCACUAUCUUCAGAUCGUUACACGGACAA